GGCUUACUUGUGUGUAUUAUUAGGCUAGAACCUCAAAAGUACGAUGAAUAUCAAAAUCCAAAUUUGGCGUCUGAUUCAUCCAAGAACUCAAAUCAGACUGGGUCUGAAUUCACAACAUAGGAACUGACGCCAAAAGUGGUACCACGAGAUGCUAUUCAGGUGGUUACCGUAUAAAGAAUUCUAAAGAUCGUUAGGUACCUUUAGUAGGCCAAAUCACGAGUUUCAAUACACCGAUGAAAAUGGGAUAAAAAAUACUUGGGAUAAGCUCAAGGGUUGUCAUCGCAAGCUCGUAAUUGCUGCCCGAAUAUGAAGUUGUCUUAGGAUGAUUCUGCCUCGUGUCAAGUUCUUGUCAAUUCGCUCCCUGCGGAGUGUACGGUUACAAAUCAAUUUGCGGGCACAAUGAGAAAUUCCUGUUCAGGCGAGGGUCCUGAAGGUGCUAUAGGGAACCGAUUACGAAAUCAAAGGACAUGCUCUUGCAGCACGAGACGCCAUCGUGACCGAGGAUAUGGUAGUUCUCAACGAAAUCGCACACGUUCUGGCUCUGAUAGCGAUAGCCCUGUGCCCAGUGUUACUGCUGUGGAGAUCAGGACCAUUAUACAGGAGAUUGUUCACAUGGCGCAGAAGUAGUAGAAUUCGGAAAGAAACUUCGACUCGAGACUAGGAAAUGGGAGCAAUCCAAGGAUUCCAGGACCUCCAAACACUCCAAAGAUUCAUCUGCGGAGGACAAAGACCGCAAGCAUCGUUCCCGUCCGGUGCCAUUUUGAUUCUCAUUCUACUUCUGAUUCUCAUUCUACUUCAGAUUCAGAUCCAGUAUCGAUGCCAGAGUAAUCCUAUAGGUUUACCCUCUUACAAGUGAACUCAUUAGUAAGAAAAUAUCACCAUUCAAGAGGAGAAUGGUUCGAAAGUGGGGUAUUUGACUUACGCCAUGCGACUAUCA